UCAGGUUCGAGAACGGAACUCUCUUCUCAGCCCUCCUAGUCUCCGAUUCACUCCUCGACUUCCUCUGGGUCCUGAAGAAUUCUUCAGUUCCCGCAACAGCAAGAGCGGAGGGGAAAAAAGCCGCCGCCGCCAAAGACCAAAGGCCUUGGGGCGGCCGACCACCCCCUUCUCUCGGCUGCUGCCGGCGGGUUACAUAACGGGCCCCGGGACACGUUCUCGCGAGAUUUCCACCGCCCCCUCCUCGCUCCACGUCAGAAGGAACCGGGCGGAGCGGCCAACAUGGCGGAACGCAGGCGACACAAGAAGCGGAUCCAGAUAUACUGAGGUCCAGUGAGGUUAUGUGACGUAACCCAGGAUUGCUCAUCAAGAUAGUAAAACUAGUUUUAGACAGAUCUUCUGAUUCCCAAUUGAAUGUUCUUUCUACCUCACCAUUGAUAAAAGAAGUUGGUGAACCAUCUAAAGAAGAGAAGGCUGUAGCCAAGUAUCUUCGAUUCAACUGUCCAACAAAAUCCACCAAUAUGAUGGGUCACCGGGUUGAUUAUUUUAUUGCUUCAAAAGCCGUGGAUUGCCUUUUGGAUUCAAAGUGGGCAAAGGCCAAGAAAGGAGAGGAAGCUUUAUUUACAACAAGGGAGUCUGUGGUUGAUUACUGCAACAGGCUUUUAAAGAAGCAGUUUUUCCAUCGGGCUCUAAAAGUAAUGAAAAUGAAGUAUGAUAAAGACAUAAAAAAAGAAAAAGAUAAAGGAAAAGCUGAAAGUGGAAAAGAAGAAGACAAAAAGAAUAAGAAAGAAAAUAUAAAGGAAGAAAAGACAAAAAAAGAAAAAGAGAAAAAAAAAGAUGGUGAAAAGGAAGAAUCCAAAAAAGAGGAAACUCCAGGAACUCCCAAAAAGAAGGAAACGAAGAAAAAAUUCAAACUUGAGCCACAUGAUGAUCAAGUUUUUCUGGAUGGAAAUGAGGUUUAUGUGUGGAUCUAUGACCCAGUUCACAUUAAAACAUUUGUCAUGGGAUUAAUUCUUGUGAUUGCAGUAAUAGCAGCCACACUCUUCCCUCUUUGGCCAGCAGAAAUGAGAGUAGGUGUUUAUUACCUCAGUGUGGGCGCAGGCUGUUUUGUAGCCAGCAUUCUUCUCCUUGCUGUUGCUCGUUGCAUUCUGUUUCUCAUCAUCUGGCUCAUAACUGGAGGAAGGCACCACUUUUGGUUCUUGCCAAAUCUGACUGCUGACGUGGGCUUCAUUGACUCCUUCAGGCCUCUGUACACACAUGAAUACAAAGGACCAAAAGCAGACUUAAAGAAAGAUGAGAAAUCUGAAACCAAAAAGCAGCAGAAGUCCGACAGUGAGGAAAAGUCAGACAGUGAGAAAAAGGAAGAUGAGGAGGGAAAAGUAGGACCAGGAAAUCAUGGAACAGAAGGCUCAGGUGGAGAACGGCAUUCAGACACAGACAGUGACAGAAGAGAAGAUGAUCGAUCCCAACACAGUAGUGGAAAUGGGAAUGAUUUUGAAAUGAUCACAAAAGAGGAACUGGAACAGCAAACAGAUGGGGAUUGUGAAGAAGAGGAGGAGGAAGACAAUGAUGGAGAAAUGCCUAAAUCUUCACAUGAAAAAUCAUAAUCCGACUAAUUGGGGGACUGAAUAAGGGCAAGAGGUUGGGAUUUUCUAUGUUGGCUGAUCAUCAUAAUGUACACAUCUUAUUUGUAGCAUUCUUUAUAUCCAUUUACUGAAAUGUAUUUGACAUCCAAGCAGUUAUUCAUUUUAUAGAAUAUUGGUACUACUAUUGGUACAGUCUAAAGCCAUUAAUAAGUUUAUCCAUUUGAUAAUUUUACAGUAAGUAGGUCUCAUUCAUUUUGAUAGUUAUCAAAGAUGCAUUUUCCACAAUGACAUUUAGAUUAAGGGCAUUUUUGAUAGUUGUAUGGCUUUUUACUGUUAGACUAAUCAAAAUAACUUUAGAAGGAAUAAAGAAAUUGCAACAUUUCAGAUUAUGCAGAGUUAUGCAGCCAUUUCACAGUUUCUUUAGGAUGAAAUUCAUAAACUCUUUGUUCUUGAUAGUUUGCUUUUGUUUUUCAUCAUAAAAUUAUACCAGGAAAUUUCUUAAGAUUCUGAGUUAGCAGGGUUCAAAAGCAUUUUGUGGAAAUAAGCCAACUAGUAAAAAUGCAGUGACACUUCUAGUUUAGCUGCAAAUUCUCCUUUUCCAACUUAGGAAAUCCAAACUGAUUUGUACAUUUGGUUCAGAAAAAGAUGGUCAUCUCCAGUAGAGAAAGUGAAGAGCAUUGGUUGGAAGGCGAAGGCUCUUCCACCUUCUGCCCCAUCUCCUUGUAACGUAAAACGUAUUCUGUAUAUAAUUUACGAAUAAAACAUUUUAUUUUAAUUGUUACUUAUUAUUUAGACAUUUCUCAACACUUAAAUUUGUAAAAUUAAGACCAUGUAAGGGUAUGUUUUUAGAGAAAUGGAAGUUUCGAUAACCCACAGAACACCUGUGAUCUUUCUACAGCAGCUUCAGUUUUGUGCCAACAUUCCAUGUAUUUGAAUAUGAGUAAAAAUGAUCCUUAUUAAAUAAGAGCAGACUUAAAAGUAGCUGUUUGUAAGCCUUAAUGUUCAUUUUGAUUUAUUUUAAAACUUUACAUUCAGAAAUGGGGUACUGUAUUAUCAGACCAGGAGGCACUGCUGUGAAAGAUAAUUUACUGUUCUAAAAUAUCAAUUUAAAAUAAAGGAUAUAAAAGAAAAUGUAGAGAACCAUUGGACUCUAAUUGCUUCAAACUAGUUUUGUUUCAAAACUUUAAGAGCCUUAUUUACUUAUGAGCAAAAUCAUUCCUUGGAGUUAUACUCUUAAAGUGAUAGUGAAUAUUAAAUUAUUUUCCUUCAGUAACAGAGCAAUUUGCUUUGUAGUUGAAAUAGAUGGAGUAGGUCUUUAUUUUUUUUAGGUUGUUUCCAAGUGUUUGACUAAAGAUAUUAAAGUCUUCUAAUUAUGUUUUUUCUGCCUAUUGAUA